AUGUCAAGUUGGGUCGCGCUCAACGUCGAGCCUGACGAAACCGUUGAGGAAGAAGUCGACAAUACGAAAGAAAUCCAAGUCGAGGAAGCCUUGAAACUCUAUCAAAGUGCCCUGAAGCUUCAUUCUCAGGGUCCACAGUUUUAUGCCGAAGCAGCCGGGGCAUAUGAUGCUCUUCUCAAAUCAGACAUCUUUAAAUCUCCAGAGCCAUUUGCCGACUACGCAAGGAAUGCGCUGCAAGAUACGGAGACACAGUCCACUGGCUUUGCUGAUCAUGCAGCCGAAGAGACACUUUCGGAUAUAGAUAUCAAUGACUCAACCUCUAGCACUUUGUUCCAGACCAUUCAUCUGUCAUAUAAGAAUUAUGGACAGUAUCUCCUGGACGCUUUGCAGGAUCUUUUGAAGGAGACGCCUCAAGCUACGCACAUUAACAAGGAAUUUUCUGAAAAAGUAUCUAAGCGAUCUAUUUCAGCCUUAUCAUCCUUUGCGAACGCUCUGGAGCGCGAUGAUACCGACCUGGACAUCUGGAGAAAGAGUGCAAGACUCAGCAACGCCCUUCAAAGCUACCGAUUGACUAGGUACUGCUUGGAAAGCGUUCUGGCUGAUGACGAGAAUCGCUUAGAAAUGCGAACAGAGCAGCUAGGUUUAGAUGAGACCUGCGCGGAGGAGUGCCUUCGGGAAACCCUUCUGUCUGUCGAUGAUAGGUUAUGGGCUUCCCAAGUCCCAUUGAAGAAGCCAAGGAAGGCGCUUCUCAAGUUUUUGAGACGUCAAAUUGACCCUUAUCCUUACCUUCCUCGCCUUUCAGCCGACCAACUAAGCUCGGAUUCGUCCAAAAGCCUAGCGGCCAUACGCCCCACUCGCCAUACUAUCCGGCCCAAUGCAUCAACUUGGCUUUCGGUUGGUGAGGAAAUUCUUCAGACGAUCGUCAAUGAAGGCACCGGUGCUAGUAACCUUGGCUCUAGCACUGCAAUCGAUAUUUUUCUUCCCGACAGUAGCAUAGAGCCUAUAUCGCCAACCGUUGAGGAACCAACUCAUCCUCAUGAAGACUGCGAGGAUACUGAUUGCCAGAAUCAGCCCCAGAGACAGCUUGGUGCUGCCACUAUGGAAGAUGGUAACCAAAACACAGAAGUUGAAUCGCCUUCCUUAUCCCACGUUCAAAAAACCGAGGUGACUCUAAAAUCUCCAGAAGACCAUGCAUUUUUGGACCUAGGGGCCGAGAAGCAGCUGGUAGAUUCUCUGGAGAGCCUAGCAGAUCCGUCGCCGGAUAUGACCAACCAACAGGAGAACGCAAAAGUGGAUGAGCCGGAGACCAAACAACAGUUAGGCACUGGUCGGAAACGGUCAUCCACGUCAAUCGCAAAUGAAGAUCAUGCGGAAGGAGGAAGAAUGAAAAGUCGACGAACUCGCGCCCGGGAGUCAAACACGGAAACUCUUCCAAACGAGGACUUACCAUUUGAUCAAACAAAAUAUUACGAAGACCGUCUGCAAACCUUCUUUGAGGCAGAUGAUAUGAUGUUCGGGCUUGUGAGCUCUUUACUUUCUAGGGUGGGAGUCGAAGAACUGGGAACGAUCGGUCAGCUGAGAAGACAAAUAUCCGAGUUCCAGGAUGGAAAUGCCCUAACCACGACGGCUCGACUACAGCCCGCGGCAAUGGAGCCUUUGUUGUGUAGCGAUCUUUGCAGUAUCGUCAGCAAUUGGAAUGAAAGAAGCUCACAAUUAGCCCGAGAAGGAGACCCUCUCUCAGCAGUAGAGGAUCUUCAAGGCAUGAACAAAUUCGGUUUGACUGCUUUUCUGGAGCAUUCCAAGAAAUUGACCCGAAGAGUCGGCGUGGAUAAGUUGCUUUCUGGAGACGAAGGACUUCGCAUGUUCUUAUCAACUGUCAGCAGUGAGUGGAUCAACAUCCAUGAACUUGCCUUCAGGUGGCUCCAAGGUCUUUUAUUGCCAGGCUUCGGGGAAGUUUCCACACGAGACUCAGUAGAACCUGAAAACGCCUCAGUCGAGUCUACUUACAUAGCAUCUCUAUGGCCGGAUGCGCUGAAGGAGGUUAUUCUCAAGAUCUUAUCUCAAGAAGGCGAAUACAUUUACAAGAGAAUUGAGGGGCUUGUUACAGAUCUUGGACAUCAAAUUCUCAACCAUGCCUCUGGACCGCCAUUUAAAUAUGACUUGAGGCAUCUUUCGGAACUGGAAAUGAUUCAAAGUAUUUUCGAACUGCAUCUUGAUCUCUAUGCGCAAAUUGACAGCCCAAAUAGCGAGGUAGAUCAAAGCACUCGCGUUCUUCAGCGUAAUAGCCUGGAAAGAUGGUCUAUGUUAGCGCGUACGUCUCUGGUCUACUUUUUGGACCAUGGACCGGCAGGAAAACGCCGAAAUUACAUUGCUCUCCGCCACCUGUGGGCAUCAACUUUCCACACAAAUAUCACUGCGAAUGCGCCGCGAGAACACGUAUUGCUUUGCCUUCAGGAUCUGAAAUUUGUUCUGCAAUCCACUGGGAGUCCGGUGAUACACCUUCCGAAUAGCUCAGUAAUGCCGGAGGUUUCGGUGAGUGCUAUUGACAAGGAGGCUUCAAAAUUGAAAUCUAUGGAUUUCUUUCUGAGAGUAUUUGAUCCCGCCUCGAAAGAUCCUGUCGAUAUUAUCGAAAACAUAGAGCCUAUUCUUGAGCCUUCGUCUAUUGAAUACGCUGAGGGGCAGCUUAUGGAGGAAGGCCGCCAGAGCUUUCCGGAACUGCAGGAAAUGCGCGCUUUUCUGGACCGUGGAGAUGCCACCUUACGACUAUUCCUAUGGCGGAAGCUGCAGGAUGCAUACCAAGUUAUUGACUAUCCUCCCAAAGUUGUUUCCUGUUGCCUAAGGAGUAUCGAGACGAUAGUGAAGCAGCUUUGGAGUCCCUCAUAUACCGGAGAAGAAUCCGUUGAUGAACGCCAAAUGGUACUUCUCAAGUGGCUGAAAUCACUGGACGCCUUCCUAAAAAAGACUAUCACUCUUGUUUUCCAAGAUCCCGAGAAGGCGUAUGAAUGUAUCGAUAGCGAUCACCUAAAGUCAUCUAUGUCCACCGUGGCUCGACUAUUGAGGCUCCUUCAUAGCUUCACCCUAUACGAAGAUUCUGUACGCGUUGGCCAAACCCCAGCUUCUGAACUUCGAGUCUCGUUGACGAAAUCCCUGGAAGCCUUUCGAGAAAGAUUACGCGAGAUGCAAGUCAACUGCUGGAUCUUGCAGUACACCUUCGUGAAGGAAGCGAUAUCCCAGAACACGGAGCUUUUUGAUACCCCUUCAGAAGAUUGUAUUCAAUAUUUGUGCCUUGUUCAUAAUGCCUUUGGAAUUCGCUCUAUGUGCAAGUGUUCGAAUAAGCGUUUCCUCAAGCUCAUGAAAUCAGAGCUUUUUGCAUUAGGGGCUGUGAAUGAAUACGAGUCUGAAACCUGCCAAGUGCUCUUCGAUCUGUAUGGGGUGAAGUUUUCUUCAUUUGACGGAGUAACUGACCAUGGCUGUGCGGCCGAAAAACUAGAUCGCGCAACAGCUGUUAUGAUGAUCGACUUCGUUAUGAGGCAGGCGAGGCGACUGAGCAUGAAGGACCUGCCCAAGUCGGAGCUGAAGAACACAAUUGACAAGAUGCAGCAGGUGAUUGGGAUGUCGAAGGCAUCAUCUUCAUUAUCUUUCAACCGCCGUGUCUUAACUUCCUAUUUGAAAUUGCCAAUUGACCCUACACAUCUUUUCCGUGCACUUCAAGGAAUUGGGGAUCUCUCAAUGAUUACUAUACCUCCCGAAAACGCAAAAAUUGCCAAUACAGGAUGGUAUUUCCUCCUUGGUUGCGCUGCCCUGACCAAAUUUCGUUCACAAAAGCGACUCAGUCCUGUUCCAACAACAGACCUUGACGAUGCUGUAAGCUACUUUCGGCAAGACCUGGAGCAUGGCACAGGAAGGUGGGAGUCGUGGUAUCGAUUAGCACAGACAUAUGAUUCGAAAUUGGAAGAAGAUCUUACUUGGUCUGCAGAGAAAAUUAACAACAAUAAGUCAGAUCUGGUAGGCUGGCAACGUUGUGCAAUCCGUUGUUAUGCGAUGGCAGUUGCAACGGCAAUCAGAACUAUGGAGCCCACGCCAGAAAACAGAGUGCUUCUCUCUGAUCUUUACACUGAUUUUGCGAUCCGCAUGUACGCGUCUUCUCGGGAACCUCUCUCCAUGGCUGUUUUCAGCCUCUCAGACUAUGUCCGCCACUUCAGCAAAGAGGAGAACCAGGAAAUGUACAAGGGACCACCUUUUGAGGAAAUGAAAUCGUACUCAGUAUGGAACUUCAGCAGUUAUCUUCUCAAGAGGGCAAUUGUUGAUCAACCAAAGCGCUGGAUGAACUACUACAUGCUGGGCAAGUGCCUUUGGAAAAUGUUCAGCUGUGACGAAUCUGUCAGAGGAAGCUCUAAGCGCGUUGAGCUUGACAAUUUGCUCGACACUCUCCUCGAUGCCAUCUACAGUCUCCCGCAACGUAAGGAUACACGCUCAGAUCCUAUUUUCGAACCCCACUUCAAGCUUGUGUCCAUUGUCCACAAACUAGUCCAAAGGGGCAUCUUAUCGCCAACCGAAGGGAGUGAAACUCUCCAGGCGACACCUUGGGCUCGAAAAGUUCAACCUCCUCAAGACUCGGAAUCGUGGGGUCCUUAUAUUUUGGAAGUACUCAAGAGGUUAAAGAGCGCAGACAAGUCCAAUUGGCAUCAUCGUAUACCUGUCAGGGCUGCCCAUGUCAUUUAUGAUAACAAUAAGGAUGCCACGGCCGCAGCAGCCGCUAAGCAAGAACUUACUCAACAAAUAUUCACCAAGACCAUGACCAUUCAAGUGUGGAAACCCGAAUUCGAACGCCCUGGCCGACAUUUCGUUUAUACAACACGUUACGUUUACUUCUUUGUAAACCUGCUGGAUCAACUGGAUGAUCGUGCGAGCCUCGAUCAGCUGUUACGCCGGGUGAGGAAGAGGCAAGGUGAUUUCAUAAAUCACACCAAACUCUGGGAGGAUAUUUGCCUCACAUACUUCAAGGUCGCCCGAAGAAUCGCCAAUGUCAAAGAGGGAUACGAAGAAGGAAUUUUCAAACCAAUGGGCUGGGACGAUUUCGUUCAGAACACUGCCCGUCUCGAAAACUUACCAGAAAUGGUUCCAGAAAGCACAUUCCUUCUAGAGCUAAUGCGCGAUGUUAUUGAGAUGAAAAAACUGAAUAAUCACCUUAUGAGGGUCACCAUGUUCGAAGACUUGAUUGCUGAUCUCUACGCUCGACUAUAUGAGAUCCAUGCACCGCGGAUCUUGGAACAGGCCAACGAGGAGAACAAGGAAAAGAUGAAAGUCGACCAUAUUAUCCUCACAGGUCAAGACGGUGCUGCUGACACGCCGCCCACUUCUCUUGCGCCGGCUCCUCCUGCGGAAUCCCUUCUACCUCCACAGCCCCGCGGGCGCACAAAGGGCAUAGCACGAAGGGAUAUCCAGAAACGGGCGGAAGCGAUCAUGAACAACAAACUCACACCACGUGCCACGUCGUCUGUCAAGACAUCAGUGACAGUAGAGAUUGAAGUUCCUCGUCCCAGCAUUCCGGCCGCCGCUCCAUCCACAGAAGAACAACCUGCCAAGGACAGCCCUCGAGAGAUGGACGAAUCAGGCUCUGGACAGCAAGGCAGUACCCAGAAUAGUAUACAUGACAGUGCCGAUGACGAAAGUGAGCUGAGUGAGAUUGAUGAUGAAGGGCUCUCUAAGCUGGAGCGAAAAGCACUAUCGUUCCCCAACUUGACAGACAGGACAUCCCCAGACCAUGGCUCAGAAUUUUCUGCUCCAGCCAGUGUUGAAGAGGAAGAUGCUGAGGAGGUCGAGGCCCAUGGGUUUGGAGAAGAAGAAGGGGAAGGAGAUGGUGAUGAUGGAGUGGACGGUAAUCUCGGCCAAGGCGAUGAUACGGAGGCCGUGACAGAGGAACGCGACGGCGAAGAAACGGAGGUUGAGGCCGAGGGUGAUGAAGACCAAGAAGAUGACGAGGAGGAGGGUGAUGAAGGCGAAGGGACAAAAGGCGAGGGAGCAGAUAACGAAGAGGAAGAGGAAGGGAAAGAGGGGAAUGCAGAGGAGCAGACAGAAGCGGACAGGGAGAUCGAAGACAGGAAGGAAACCGAGGCUGGGGCUAUCGAUGAAAGACAGCCUGCGCAAGCUGAAGUCUCCAGUACGCCUGCUGGUGAGCCAGAGCCAGAGCCAAUGGACACUUCGCCAGCAUAG